AUGCCUAAAAAUACAUUAAGAAGACAAAAAAGUCUUAAACAUUUUACAUUUAUUAAUUCUAAUGUUAGUGAUCAUGUAGAUAAUUCCAAUUUAAAUAACGAAACAAAUUUUAAUGGGAAUAACUACAAUAAUUUAUUCAUUAACCUCAAACCAGCUUUUCCUUCAACUAUAACUACUAAAGAUCUAAUCAAAACCGCUAAUACAAAUAACAAACCAAAAUGGUUUCCAAACGCAUUUAUCGCGUAUAGAAUGGCAUUAGUGAGAGAAUUUCGUAUUAAAAAUUGUAAAUUACCUUCUAUGGGUGAAGUUUCUAAAAUCGCUAAAAAUUUUUGGAAUAUGGAACCCAAGAAUGUAAAAGAUUUUUAUGAAGCACUUGUUAAGGAAGCGAAAUCAACUUAUAAGAAAAAUAACAUUCAAAUUUUAUUGGAUAAACAUAUGGAUUACACGGAACAAGGAAGUGACGUAACUGAAAAGCAACUCGAGAAAGUAAAUCCUAUCCACAAUUCAGUCGCUAGUGCUGAAAAUAAUAAUAAUGCUGGUAUUCCUACCGUUAACAUUUCCUUAGUUAAUUCUUUACCCGACAUUCCCUAUGAAAUAAAUUCAACACUUAAUAAUCGAGAGUACCCUAUUCACAAUUCAGUCGCUAGUGCUGAAAAUAAUAAUAAUGCUGGUAUUCCUACCGCUAACAUUUCCUUAGUUAAUUCUUUACCCGACAUUCCCUAUGAAUUAAAUUCAACACUUAAUGAUCGAGAGUACAUUAAAGUGUUGGAACAAAUAAUCGCGAACUUAAUCGGUUCACAUUGGCAAAUUUGCGAACAUUAUUGA